AUGCGCAGCAUCGUAAACUCGCCGGUCCCACCGCCCGCCGCAUCUGACAGUGUGCUGCGGGCCGUAUCGCCCACCCCUUGCCGCCGUAGAGCACCCCGUGGGCUUGGUCUGGGAGGCAGUGCCCGCCCAGUGGCUGGUGACGGUCGUGGGAAGGGGGAGACCUCUGGAAGACGGUACCUUACUCGCAAAUCCCGUACGGAUAGCGGCAAGGCUACCCUCUUUCAGCUUGCUACUCUUAUCCCUGGCCUCGCUGAAAGUGUUGAGGUUCCAUUGCCAGCAACGGACGUCCAGCGAACUCCUGAGAGCCCUGUGGUCUCAGUGAGCCACAAGCGGAAGCGCCUCUCUCCGGACCGGAUCCCGAAUCCUCCAGGCUGCUCUUACGGGAUGUGGGAUAAGUACUUCGAGGUGGACGACGAAGAUGAGGAACCCGUUGUCAAGAAACAGUGCGUCUCGGAGUCCGCCCGAGACGCACCGUCACCUACUGCCACUCGAGUGCCACAAAAGCACCAACCAAAGACCCCGAGUCGGUUGCGGGUUGCCCGCCGGCUGUCAAGUGCGGGUAAAUCGUCGAGCCCAAAGAUUCGGCAAGCUGCUCGUAUGCCCGCUCCGACCCGCAAGAAAAAUCAAUCCCUUGGUACUACCCUUGGGCAUGAGUUUAUGCGGCGGGCAUGCGAGAAAGAGAUGAUUGAGAAGGAUACAAUUGAGAAGGAUACAAUUGAGAAGGAUACAAUUGAGAAGGAGGCAAAUGAAAAGGAGGCAAUUGAGAAGGAGGCGGUCGAGUGGUUGGCGGAAGUCUGCCCUACUGGGGACUUCCGUCAGAUGGAGUGGCCAAUGCCUAUGCGUGUUAUGGCUUAUCAAGACAUCGAUGCUAUGGAUAUCGAUGUCAUGGGUCAGAAUUCCGAGGGAAUCACUCGGGAUGCUGAGCUCUGGGCGCUGGCCUUUGCAGGCUUGAGUGGAGGAGUACCAAAAGCUUGA